GUCGGCAAAUCCGUUUAUGGGAUGAUGAUCGGGCAACGACUACCCAAUCUUAUGUUCCCAUUGGGCUCCGAUUUAUCUCCUGCUAUUGGAGCUCAGUCUGAUUUGCGAUGGGCUUGGAAAGAGGUUGUUGAGGAUUAUACCCAGCGUGCAGUCACGAAGCCCGCAGAUAAGUUGCUGGCAUUGGCAGGCAUUACGGAGCAGUCUUACCGCAUCUGGGGUGGGAAGUAUCUGGCGGGUUUAUGGGAAGCUACUCUCCUCGAGGAUCUGUUGUGGUUCAAGGACUAUGAGACCAUAUUCCCCAGGCCUGCUAAGUACCGCGCACCUUCUUGGUCAUGGGCAUCCGUUGAGGGUCGCAUCAUAGCCUAUACUACUGGCGACUCCCGCUUGGACUCCAGAUUUGUCGACGAUAUCAGGACUUGCGACGUUGUACAAUGCCAUGUAGAUCUGGCACGAGAUGAGCUUCCAUUGGGAAGGGUUACGGCAGGAAUAUUGAGGAUACGCUGUGUAAUGAUGAAGACGGGGUGGUUGCCUGAUAUUGAGAAGCCAGAACUCUUCCUUAACCGUCCUAUAUCCGUGGAAGGCCCAUUCACGUCUCCGAACCCAGUGACAUUUGAGCGUGUCGUGAUAGCUGACGCGUAUCCAGACAGCGUGGAGGCAAGCACAAUCGAAGAUGUUUGGGCGGUUCCCCUUCGAUGGAGCAGAAAAUCUCGCUAUGCCGUUGGGCUGCUUUUGACACCCACAGAGAAUGGUGUGGUUGAUUCAUAUCGUCGUGUAGGAUACUUUGCAACUAAUGAGGGUUUUGAGGUUGGGUGGUUCGAUGAUGAUGAUUCUCCUUGUCUCAACUUCGAAAGGGAGGUCGUAAUUAUCUAAAGAGUUCAAAGGGAAAUUGGUCUGAGUCUGGCUGUCACUGUUCGUCCUCCCUGCAAACACUACCUAUACAUUAGUUACAAUCUGCGCAGAACAGGUAUAGACAGUCCUCAUGCUUGCUUCUCGACAUAGCCUUCUCAGAGAGACC